GCCGCCUGCCGGCAGCGGAGCGGGGCCGCCAUGUCCACAUCGCUGGGCUCCAACACGUACAACCGGCAGAACUGGGAGGAUGCGGACUUCCCUAUCCUGUGCCAGACGUGUCUUGGAGAAAAUCCCUACAUUCGGAUGACCAAAGAAAAAUAUGGAAAAGAAUGCAAGAUUUGUGCCAGGCCCUUCACGGUGUUCCGCUGGUGCCCCGGCGUGCGGAUGCGCUUCAAGAAGACAGAAGUGUGCCAGACCUGCAGCAAGCUGAAGAAUGUCUGUCAGACCUGCCUGCUCGACCUGGAGUAUGGUUUGCCUAUCCAAGUCCGGGAUGCAGGACUCUCCCUUAAGGAUGAAAUGCCUAAAUCUGAUGUCAACAAAGAAUACUACACCCAGAACAUGGAGCGAGAGAUAGCCAAUUCUGAUGGCACCAGACCAGUUGGUGCACUAGGAAAAGCUACUUCUACCAGUGACAUGCUGCUGAAGCUGGCCCGAACCACUCCAUACUACAAACGCAACCGUCCUCACAUCUGUUCCUUCUGGGUGAAAGGAGAGUGCAAGAGAGGAGAGGAGUGUCCCUACAGACAUGAGAAACCAACAGAUCCAGAUGAUCCUCUGGCUGACCAGAACAUCAAGGAUCGUUACUAUGGAAUUAAUGAUCCUGUGGCUGACAAACUUCUGAAACGAGCAUCAACCAUGCCUCGUCUAGAUCCUCCUGAGGACAAGACUAUUACUACACUGUAUGUUGGAGGGCUUGGAGAUACCAUCACUGAAUCAGAUCUCAGAAAUCACUUCUACCAGUUUGGGGAGAUCCGGACGAUCACGGUGGUGCAGAGGCAGCAAUGUGCUUUCAUCCAGUUUGCCACCAGGCAGGCUGCAGAGGUGGCUGCUGAGAAAUCCUUCAACAAACUCAUCGUCAACGGCCGCAGGCUCAAUGUCAAAUGGGGAAGGUCCCAGGCAGCAAGAGGAAAAGAAAAGGACAAGGAAGGCACUACAGAAUCGGGGAUAAAGCUGGAGCCAGUUCCAGGACUUCCUGGAGCCCUCCCCCCUCCUCCAGCUGCAGAAGAGGAGGCUUCUGCAAAUUACUUCAAUCUACCUCCAAGUGGCCCUUCAGCCGUGGUGAACAUUGCCCUGCCACCCCCUCCUGGCAUCGCUCCACCGCCACCUCCAGGUUUUGGACCACACAUGUUCCACGCCAUGGGGCCCCCACCUCCCUUCAUGAGAGCCCCAGGCCCCAUCCACUACCCAUCCCAGGAUCCCCAGAGGAUGGGUGCCCACGCAGGAAAGCACAGCAGCCCCUAGCACGUCCUGCCACCCUCAUCCUUGAAGUAAAUGUUAUUUUCUAGUUACCAUGGUAGCACCAUAUGUUGAGCUGUGGGUGAGCUAGAGAUGCCUUAUUUCCCUGCUUGCAGCCACAGGGCAAGCUCAGCUCCGUGUCUCCACUUAUAAUCGGGUUCUUGAUAUGUCCCAGGUCUUUCUAUUAGUGUGGGGGGUGGGUGGGGGACAGACAGAAGGGCU